UAACCACGGGCGCAAUCCCCUCAUAACCCCUCACUUCGCUACAUACGGAAUACCUCCAAGACAGGCAAUCUAAGCUCCGCCAAUACACAUCUCGGAAUGAACAUCAGAAUUCUAGCGGUCACCGUCCUACUGGCGUUACUCGCCCCAUCCGUCACACAUGCUAUCAUCAAAUCAUGGGACACAGGAAGUGGGACAAUUUACCGUCUCCAUGUCACGCAAGAUGUGGCCAUAGAAAGUCCCUCUGGCAACCACAAUAACCUGCCUUACCUUCUCGUCGGCAAGCACCCACGAUACCCCAACAAGCGCUCUCUGUUGCAGUUUGAAAGCCCCCCGAGAUCUGGUUGCCAAAUCCAAUGGGCAAAGAUGUACAUGUACUUUGUAUACGCGCACAAGGCUAGCUGGCAUUCACCUCAUCAGGCACCCUACCUUAACCGGGACAUCAUGAUUCACCGAGUGCUGAAGCCAUGGAACGAGGGUCAAGCGAAUACCAGAUACAGGAUGUCAAAUUAUCCCUGGAGCCAACUUUACCUUGGUUUAGACGGCACUGAUGCAGAGAACAUGCCCCAGUCUCCCUCAACCACCAUGUUCUCGUACAGACCAAGUGGCUUUGUAGAGUUUGACGUCACAAGAGCCGUGAAGGACUGGGCGGGAGGGUCGCCCAAUUACGGCUUGGUUGUCAGAGUAAAAGAUGAAAGUGUUGACGGCAGAGGGCUGAGGUUUGCAAGUAAUGCUGAUCCAGAUAGCCAGCAUCACGCCUUCAUUCAUGUGAAGUGUGCUUAAGAUUAGAGAGCCACUGUAACGAAAUGUUACUUGUCACGCAAUUUAGCGAUUCGAGUAAUGCUGACCGAAAUAGCAAGCAUGUGAAGUGUGCUUAAACAGCCUCUGACAGCCGCCACUUUGUCAUCCUAGCAAAACACCAAGUGCGAUAAAGCUUAUUUUCGAUUGAAUUUGAUGAAUAAAGUGAAUAAAGUAAAAAACUUU